AUGAAGGCUACUCUUUUCUUCCUGAUCGUCGUCCUGUGCGCAGUCGCGUUGGCUGCUCCAGGAUCUGAGCAGAAGAGAGAAGGAAAGGGCAAGGGCGAAGGAAAGGGUAAGGGCAAGGGCAACCGUCAAGAGGUGGCGGAGUCGGGCUCCCAGGAAAACGGACAGGAUGGCAGCUCGGAAGAAGAUCGUGGUGGAAAGGGAGCCAAGGGAGGAAAGGCCGGCAAGGGUGGAAAGGGAGGAAAGGGAGACAUGGAAAGUGAGAUGCGCAGCUCUAGGCGUCCAAUGGAAAGCCCUGCAGGAAAGGGAAAGAGCGAGCAGCAGAAGGGUCGUGACAAUGGCCCCAAGCCUAAGGAACAUGGCAAGGGCAAGAAGAACUAAGCUGAUGAUCGACC